AUGUCCCGCGAGCGGCCUGCGCCUGCCGGGGGCAACGCGCUGGUGACCUUCGAUGCUCAGCUCGCGAAGCAGCAGGAGGAGGCACAGCUUGCCAAGGAACGCCCCAAGCCGCGGAACGAUUACUUGGACUGCUAUACGGGACCCAAGGUGAAGUGGGAGGACACAGGGCUUUACAAGGCGCUGGUGAAGAGCCAAGACAUCGAGGAGGAGCUGACGAAGAUCCGGAAUUUGAUCCGCAAGCGCACCGAUCCGGGCUACGAUCCCAAUGACGAGGAGGACUUUAAGGUGGCGCCGGUGCGAAAGUUCGACAGCAAGGCGGACUACUACAAACUGCUGGACGUGGAUGACUUCGCCUCUGUGAAGGACAUCAAAGGCGCCUACAAGAAGCUGGCGUUGCAGUACCACCCGGACAAGAACCGAGACAAGAAGCCCGACAAGCUCCGGGAGAUGCAGGAUGAGUUCGAGAAGAUCCAGGAGGCUUACGAGAUCCUUUCGGACCGCGCCACCCGGCGUCAGUACGACCGGACGCGCUUCGACGAGGCCCGCGCCAAGUCCCAGGGCAUGAACUCGUCCUUCUACUCGCAGAAGACAAAUACUGACAGCAGCUUCUGGGGGCGCUGGUCUGGGAAGAAGGAAGGCAAGGAGAAUGGCAACUCGCAGGACCUAAGUGCUGCCCUCAAGACAUCGAAGGCGCCGAAGCUGCCCAAGGCGGCCGACCUGCGCUUGGAGGUGAAGAUCUCUCUGGAGAAGGCGCUGAGAGGCGGCCUGAAGAUCCGGGAAGUGAAGCGGGACCGCAUGCAGCGCGCCUUUGGGGGCACCAGCCAAAACCUGAAGAGCGUGAACAUCAAGAUCGACCCCGGCCAGGCCGACGGCAGCGAGUACCGCCUGGAGGGGGAUGGGCAUUGGCCCUCCUUCAACGUGACCCCAGGGGACCUGGUCGUGAUCUUCCGACACAAGGCGCACACUUUCCUGCGGCAGGCUUCGGCCGCGGAGGGAGCGCUCCAGCUAGCGGUGCCGCUUACUGUGCGGGCCAAAGCCACGGAGCCGGUGCUGGCGGCCUGGUCCCCCACAUUCAAGGGCUCCAUGGUGCUGCUGCGCUUCGCCAACCCCUUGGUCCUGCACGCGCCCUGCAAGGCCUGCAACGUGACCUUCGUCUUGGAGAACGAGGGGCUGCCCAAGGCCACAGAGCCCACCAAGCGGGGCCAUCUGCAGGUGACAGUGCACGUGCAGCUGGAGGGCCCGGCCCUGGUGCCGAAGCUUGCGGCAGAGGCCUGCAAGGAGACCUUGGCAAAGCGCCACGUGAAGCAGUACAACCACCAGGUGACGCUGCGCACCACGUUGGCCAAUUCGCUGGCCGCCGGCUUGCCGGUGAGGAAGUAUGCGGGCAACGAGGCGCGGGAGCGCGGCGGUGGCCGAGUGCGUUUCCCCUGCGUGGUGGUGGUCUGGGAGUCCGCCGCCGGCGCGGACCUUGUGGCCUUCAACAAGGCCGCGGCGGCGCUGGGGCACCACGCCGCCCGGGCCGCCCAGACCUUCGGCUGGUGCUGCCACCUGCAGCUUUUGCCCAAGAGCCUGGGCUACGACCACGUGACUUUGAGCGACCGGGAGCUGGAAGAGGAGCCGGUGCCCGCGAAGGUGAACGGAAGGCGAAAGCGGAUGCGCACAGAGGAGCAGAGCUUUUUGCUCCGGUUCAACCUGGGGCCUCCGGAGGGCUUUUCGGACGAGGAGGAGGAGGAGGAGUUGCCUUCGAGUGAUGCAGCGGGCCAACCGGGUCAAAGUACCGCAGAGCUGCGAGUGGAGGACGAGGAGGGUGAAGAGGAGAAGGAGCUCACCAGGCUCAUCCGCGAGAAGCAAAGCGACCUUGACCAGGAGAAGCGGAAGUGGUCCCAGCGCAAGGAACGGCAACAGGGGGAGCGCCAGGAGGAGGAAGGCCUCCUAAGGGAGCUGCUGGAAAAGGACAAGAAGCGGGAGCUCGAGCGAGUGGAGCGGGAGAUGAAUGGGCUCCGCUCGAACUUUGAAUUCCAGCUUCAAGCGGAGAAGAAGUGGGUGGACGAAUUUAUGCAGACGCACAACUACCAGAACCAGUGGGUUUGCGUCUUCAAGCCGGCCAUGGUGGUCCGAGACCACCCCAAGGAGGAUGGGAAGAUUUGCCGGCGCCUGGUCUUUGACGAGGUGGUGAAGGCCAAGGGCAAGGUCACUGACGACUACUGGGUCCAGUUGGAGAACAACGAGUGGGCCUUGACCUGGCACAAGACCCACGGCCAGCUGCUGCAGCGCUGGUUCGGCGCGGAGCAGCAGCGCUUCGUGGACCUGCAGGCAAAGAUGGAAGAGCGCCGCAAGAUCCGUAACGAGACCUUUGUGGCGUACCGGCGGAAGAAGAAGGAGGUGGAGGAGUGGUCCAUCCCUCCUGGGCCGUCGGUUGAGGAGAAGUGUGAGAUGGAGGAUGAGGAAGCUGAGCAGCUUCAUUUCCUGAUGGAGCCGAUCCUGAAGGAACUCAAGGAGUGCAAGAGGCGUCUGCGGGAGCUGCGCCAGAAGCGCUUCGAGGCAGCGGCGGAGCGCACCCGCAAGGGCGGCGACGGCUUCGCGGCGGCGCCGCUGCCCGCGGGCUUCGAGGCGAGCCUUGAGGAGCCGCAGGAAGUGGUCCGAACGGACGAACCAGAAGCCAAGGAAAAAAGGCCCUGGGAGGAGACAAAGCAGGCCGCAGACAAAGCCUUCAAAGACAAGGAAUGGAACACGGCCCUCUCGCUCUACAGUAAGGCCCUCGAGUCAGACUUGGACUCCCUGAGCCGCGCCACGCUGCGCUCCAACCGGGCCCUGUGCUAUGCCCGGCUCUUCGAGUGGACCAAGAGCCUGGAAGACGCCGUGGAUGCCACCAUCCUCGAAGAGGAGUGGCCAAAGGGCUGGUUGCGCCGCGCCACCGCUGAGCUGCGCCUCACCAAGACCCGGCAGGCCCUGGCCUCGUUGAAGCGGGGCUUCAGUUGUGCUGGGAAGACGGCCGGGCAAUUCCUGGCUCUGGCCACCGAGUGCGAGGCCGCUCUUUACAAUGACAAGGAGGACGAGCCAGACGUGCCCGACUCGGCGGCGGGCCGCAUCGAAAAGUUCAAAGAGGACCGACUUGGAGAGGAAGUGGGCGUCUAG